GACUAAAAUCUCACGCAUCAUGGCCGAAGCAGAUCUUCAAACCCUUCGUGGGUUUGAACUUCGUUUACUUCGCUGUUCUAUGUCGCCUGUGCCUGUGCAGAACGAUUCUUCUUUAUACCCCACGGUUGAUCGGAAAAGGAAUCAUCUCUAUCGGUUAAUCGAAGAAGUCAUUAUUUUGAUCGAGAGUGGGGAUUACGUGGGUGCUUUAUCCUCCGAGGCAGUGCGUCUCGUGUUUGGAUUUGCCGAAUUUUGGAAUUUUGAAGACACUAUUGAUUGUGCGGAGCGGUUCUACCAGGAGGUAGAGAAGAGCAUUCAAUCUUUUUUUGCGGACGUUACUGAAGAUGAUCUCAAUCAGUCCUGCAGGGCUAUUCUUCUGAUGUGCAUUGGUGUUGCGGCGCUUCUGGCAUUUACUCAGAACAAUGUGACGGGACCAGUUGAAGAAUUCCCUUCUAUUCCUGUGCUUAUCCCACGGUUCAAAGAAGGUCGCUCUAUUUCCAGCAGAGUCCAGUGGGAUAUUUGGGCUCGUAAUCAGGUCAUAUCUGUGGGGUCAGAUUUGCUUGGAAAAAUAUCAGUCAUACAGUAUAUUGUUUAUGCCAAGUUGUUGCUCAUGAAGACGAAAGACUUGUUUCUAGAGGGAAAAGAUACUGCCAUAUGUGGGGUUAAAAGCAUUUCCUGGUGGUUAGCUAGAACCAUUUACACUGAACAGAGGAUUUUAGAGGAGAGGUCUUCGUCUUUGUUCGAUCUUUUGCAAGUGACAAUGGGUGAAACUAUACAUUAUUUCGGUGAUGUGCAAAAGGUUACAAGUUAUUGGGUUACGGAGUUGCAUGAGGGAGAAGCUUCAACAAUCGUUUCGCUGUCUUAUUUGGAAGCAGGUAUAAUAGAAUACACGUAUGGCCGAGUUGAUUCUUCUAGGUUACAUUUCAGUUCUGCUGAAGAAGCUUCUGGGCUUGAGCUUUCUGUCACUGGAGUUCUUGGCUUCCGGACAGUGCAUCAGGUUGGAGCGAAGGCACAAAUGGUACUUGUUACAAACACAAGAAUGCCAAAAGAUGGGACUAUUUCCUCCAAAAUAAGGCCUGAGCUGCUGAAAAAUGUUGCUAGUUCCAGUGAUGAAUGUAAAUUUAGUGCGAAUUCUCGUGAAAGACAUGAAUCUUCUGAUGUAUUCAUGACUCCGCGGCUCUUGGAGAAUGAGGAGUCCAAAUCCAAUUCAGAUGGCAUUCACAAUGGUGGGACAUUUAGUGAGUCCUUAGAGCCUAUCCAACAGGCAGUGGUUCUAGCGCAAUGCCUUUUAAUUGAGAAGAGCACUCCUUAUGAUGAAAUGCAAGGAUGGGAGAUGGCCCCAUUUAUAGAGGCUAUUGAUGCUCAAAAUUAUUCAUACGUUAUUAUUCGGUGCUUCUGUGACAUCUUACGUAUUCGAUGGGAGUCUAAACGUGGUCGCACAAAGGAACGUGCUUUGGUGAUGAUGGAUGAACUGGUUAAAGGAAUAUAUCAACCUUUUCCUGGAGCUCUACAGAGGAUUCAGUUUUCUUUUGGCAUUUGUGUGCCCACUAUUGCUGCAUUGCGGAAAGAAUACAGUGAACUUCUGGUGAGUCAUGGAUUAAUUGGGGAGGCGGUUAAGAUUUUCGAGGACCUUGAAUUGUGGGAUAAUCUAAUCUAUUGCUAUUGCCUACUAGAGAAGAAGGCAGCUGCUGUUGAACUAAUCAAGGCACGGCUAUCCGAAACGCCUGAUGUGCCAAGGUUAUGGUGUUCAUUAGGUGAUGUCACCAUUAAUGAUGCUUGCUAUGAAAAGGCAUUAGAAGUUUCAAAUGGUCGGUUUGCUCGUGCUAAGCGGUCUCUUGCUCGUAGUGCAUACAAUAGAGGGGACUAUGAGACGUCAAAAGUCCUCUGGGAAUCUGCAAUGUCCAUGAAUUCUCUGUAUCCUGAUGGCUGGUUUGCUCUUGGUGCUGCUGCUUUGAAAGCUCGAGACAUAGAAAAAGCUUUGGAUGGGUUUACUCGAGCUGUUCAACUUGAGCCUGAAAAUGGGGAGGCUUGGAAUAACAUUGGUUGUUUGCAUAUGAUCAAGAAGAAGAGUAAAGAAGCUUUCAUUGCCUUUAAGGAAGCACUGAAAUUCAGGCGGAACAACUGGCAGCUGUGGGAGAACUAUAGCCAAGUUGCUAUGGACAUUGGCAAUUUUGGGCAGGCACUGGAGGCUACAAAGAUGGUGGUAGAUAUGACCUCCAAUAAAAGAACUGAUUUCACAUUAUUGGAGAAGAUAAUGGAGGAGAUAGAAGCCAGGAGCUCAAGAAUUGAUCAACCUGGUACAGAAAGAUCACGUGAAACUGAGCACUUGUUGGAGUUGCUUGGAAAAGUUAUUCAGCAGAUUGUUCGCACUGGUGGGCGAGAUGAGUUUUGGGGUUUAUAUGCAAGGUGGUACAAAAUCAAAGGGGAUCUCACGCUAUGUUCUGAAGCCCUUCUGAAGCAAGUUAGAUCAUACCAAGGAGCUGAUUUGUGGAAUAAUAUUGAUCGAUUUAAGAAAUUCGCGGAUGCUUCAUUACAGCUUUGCAAGUGUUACAUGGAAAUUUCAUCAUCUACUAAAAGCCGACGAGAACUUGUUACAGCUGAGAUGCAUCUGAGGAACACAGUAAAACAGGGUGUGAACUUCUCAAAUACAACUGAAUUUAGAAAUCUUGAGGCUUUGCUUAUUGAAGUGAGGAAACAACUUGAGGCUUUGUGAUGGACUUUGAGCGUGAUAUGUACAAGGCAACAUAGGGUAUGACAUAUGUUAGUUGCAUGUUAGUAGCUUUGACAUAACAGUUAAUUGGGUUUGUAGGUGACUAAGAAGUAGAGAAGAGUGGGGAUUUAGUUAUGGAAUUAGUUGGGAAACCUGUAAUUUUUGGAGUUGUAUGAUUUUGUAAUUUUCUCAUUUCUAUU